AUGGCCGAAGCAGUCCAAACCAUCCCCAGCCUCGAGGCCCUCGACGCGCUGACCGCGACCCACAAAUACGUCAUCCUCGACUUCACCGCGCAGUGGUGCCCGCCGUGCAAGGCCAUCGCCCCCCUCUACCAGAAGUUGGCGACGGAGCACGCGACGGCGGGGGCCCUGGCCUUUGGCAAGGUGGACGUGGACGAGGCGCAGCCGGUCGCCGCUAAGUUCAAGAUCAGCGCCAUGCCCACCUUCCUGUUCCUUGUCGACGGCGAGCCCGCGGGGAUCGAUGUCGGCGCCCCGCUCGCCGGCAAGCAGACUGUGCUGCGCACCGAGGGGAGCGGGCCGGAUGGGCCCCUGGUGGCCAUUCGUGGUGCUGACCCCGCGAGCUUGGUCGGCGCGGUGAAGAAGGUCGCCGAGUUGGCGGCCGCGGCGAAAACGGAGCCGGCUCAGGUGGAGGAGGCUCAAGCGGAGAGCGCUUAG